CCUAUGUGCGUGCGCGCGUGUGUGUCAUCGUAAACAUGUGUGUUCUGUGUGUGUGUGCACCGAGCGUGCGGCGGUGAGAGAGUCGACGAAAGAACAAAGGUAGAGUGGAAAAGAAAGACCCGCCGCGCGGUCCUACGGCAUAGAUUGGCUGAGGACGGCGGCAGCGCGAGAGAACGGCGUUGUGAGAGAGAAGUGGUGUAGUGGGUACGCGUGAACGGACCCCCGGUGCGUUAAGGAGAGUAGCCCCGCGUCAACACGGGCGACGCGGCGGCCGGACACGGACGCGUCGACGGGCCUGUCCCCCGAGGAAGGGACCGUCGCGCGCAACGCGAUCAAUUUUCGUUGCGGCGCGCGGGCGGCUCAGACCAUAGGACGGACGCGAGACGAAAUGACGAGGCAACGGAGAUACCGAUAACCGGCUGAAUAAUGUUGUCACAGAGCAAGUUUUACGCUCUCUUCAUCCACUACACGUUCGUGUAGCGCGACACGGGGCGGGUCCUUGCCGCUGCGGUGAAGAAUAGAGAAGGAGGAGAAGGAGAAGGAGAAGGAGAAGGAAUAAGAGAGGAAGAAGAAGGAAGAGAUAGAAGAGGAGAAAGAAGAACAAGAAAAGGAAUAAAAAGUGCUAAUAGUGAGGAAGAAUAGAAACGAAGUUGUAGAAAAAAAAAAAGUGAACGAGGGAAAAUCGAAACGGAAGAGCGCCUCUCUCUCGUACAACCGUGGUCGCCAUCGUCGCCCGAGAGCCGAGGGGAAAGAAAAAGAAGAAAGGAGCGGAAGAAAACCGAAUUCGUGGCGUAACGAAAGGAACGAAGAGGGGCCGUACACGCGUGUACACACGGCGGCCACACACGCGUAUAUGCAGGUGGACAUCGCGCGAGGCGGUAUAUCCCGAGUAAACGUCACACGUCUCGUCGGUCGUUCUUCUUCUAUCUCGUCGUCAGUGUGAAAGUGUUAUACUUAGUGUGUCGUCUCACGGUGCUCGGUUGUGCUACCCUUACAUCUCGAGCAAGGCCCGCGGAGGUAUCCCAGAACCCGCCCCCGCCCCCGCGCCCUCCCUCUUUCCGCUCGACGUCGCAGUGCCUCUCUUCUCUCCAUAUCGCUACGUCGCGCUUCUCUUUUACGUUCGCAGCGGUGACUAUCUACGCUGGAGAGUGUUCAACCUCCUCAACCAUAAAAAUCGACCGACUCGAAGACUAGACUAUGUUAUUUCGGAUAACGGAUUGAUCGCACCCGUCGCUUCAUUUACACGUCGGACAUGAAAAAUCUUGGUUCGCGUUGGACGGUCCCCGACAUAGCACGCACUGCCGCAGCGCGUUCGUCAUUUCUCGUCGCCAUUUCGUUGGAACGAGAUUCAGGUAGCAGCAGCAGCAGCAGCAGCAGCAGCAGCAAGAGCAGUAUCCGCAACAACAGGAACAAAAUUAGAAGUAGCGGUAGCACCAGCGAUAACAACGGCAUCAGCAGCAAUAGCAGCAUCAGCAACAGCAGCAACAGCAGCAGCAGCAGUACUCGCGUGACGGCGAUCGACAAGAAGAGAGAGAGCAAGAACAGCGGCAGAUCGGCAAUCGACGUGCUGCACGGAUCGCCCUUAUCCGUCCGACCGUACGUAACGGCGUCGUGUGACCGCAUCGUCGGCACGACGCACCCGGAAUCGACGACGCCCAGGAACCGGCCGGUAGCCGGCAAGUCGCGCCGCUUUCAGCACCGGACCCGUCGUCCCCAUCAGCCGCAGCAGCAACUUUACUACCCCCCCGCGUCGUGGGACACGCGCACACUACACUUCAGGAAUUGUUAGCACCGAU